AUGAAUCGAUUUGAACCUGACAUAAUAGCUAUAAAUGAAACGUGGUUGCCGGAAGGACAAGAGGCACGUGCGCCAGUAGCACCCGGCUAUCGACUGCGCAACAAACCGCGCCCAAGACACAUUUGUGGUGGUAGAGGUGGUGGUGUUGCGUUCUACUUUAAAAGAGAUAUACGAGUACGCUUCUUGAACCAUCCCGAAAAUAACAUCGAACAAAUGUGGCUAUCGAUACGAGUAAAUGGUCAUCGCAUAAUCAUAGGAACAGCAUACAGACCACAGUGGCUGAAAAUAGAUACAUUCAUUGAUGCGUUAACUGAAUCUGUUUCCCACUUUUCUAACUUCAAGUACAUGGUUUUGCUGGGAGAUUUCAAUGUAAAUAUGCUGGAUAAAUCUAGUAUUGGCUUCGUGAAAAUUGAUCAAUUUCUGAGGUAUCUUAAUUUGGAACAGGUAGUAAAAGACCCUACGCACACUUCGGUGAGUUCUGAAACACUUAUCGAUCUUGUGUGUACUAAUUGUAAAAUUCGUGACGUAACUGUGGACAAUAUUACCGGAUCCCUGGGUCAUUCAAUGGUAAAUAUUAGUUUAAAUUUAAAGAAAACGAAAGUACUGCCAAGUUUUGUUACAUAUAGACCUAUGAACAAAAUAAAUAUUGAUCAAUUUAACAGGGAUCUUAUAGUACUGAAUUGGGAAUCAGUAUCAAAAAUGUCAUCAGUUAAUUCCAUGGUAGAUAAAUUCAACUUCUUAUUGUUGUCUCUAUUUGAUCAACAUGCGCCAUUGGUUACAACGAAAUUUAAACACGCUACACCACUACCAUGGAUUACUGAUGUGAUUAAAUUAAUGAUUCAACUGCGUAAUAAAGCUCAUAAUAAAUAUCGCAAAUCAGGAUCUGAAACGCAUAAGAAUUAUUACAAAGAACUGAAGAAAUUAGUCUCAAAAAGUAUCGAAAGUGAGAAACGAGCCUAUUACAAUCAUUUUGUUAAUUUGAAUGUUAAUAGUGGUAAAAAAUUUUGGAAAAAUAUAAAAGAGAAAAUUAUUACUGAUUCAGAUAAAAAUGAAUGCCUAUCAAAUAAGUUUAAGGACCCUAAUUUAAUUAAUAACCACUUUUUAGAUGUGCCUGGUCCUGAUUCUGUUCCCAUAUCUAAUUUGUCAUAUUUUGAAAAUUUUAGGUACACGUCAAAUUCAUUUUUUUUGCGCCCUGUAAGUGAAAACGACGUGGUUAGGUACAUAAACACAGUUAAGUCUAAUUGUAUAGGCAGUGAUGGUAUAACUCGAGACAUGAUUUUGUUUACUCUCCCACAUACCCUACCUAUUAUUACUGCCAUAGUUAAUGAAUCAAUUUUAAAAGGCAUAGUUCCCAAUCAAUGGAAGAUAGCACUAAUUACACCCAUAUCCAAGGUUACCCAACCAAAUGAUUUAAAGGAUCUCAGACCUAUAAAUAUUUUACCGUUUUUGUCCAAGAUCUUAGAAAAAGCCGUAAAUGAGCAGUUACUUGAAUAUGUUGAAGCGAGCAACAUACUUCCAAGUUUACAGUCGGGUUUCCGGAAGGGACGCGUAAAAUUGGUACUAUAA